UGUUACUCUUCAUACAGUGAUAAGAGGCAUAUGCAGAAGCAUGCUUGUGUGGACUUACACUUAAUCAUUGCAUGUAAUCAUUGCACACAGAACUUUGAGAAACAUUUCCUAAAGGAAAGGGAAAACACAAAAGUUAUUGGAUCAAAGGGGAUGAACAAUUUGGGGACUUGUACACUGGAACAGGGCAAUUUUGCAGUGAAGUCAUGAGCAGGUUUGUUUUUGCAUUUACCAGUGGGUGUUUCAUGCACAGUCUCUUUUAUCAAAUAUGUAAUAUGUCCAUUUUCAAGUAGGCAUUCAGAAUUCUUUAUUAUAGAUUCCACCGCUUACCUAGGAUGGAAAUAAGGAUCCAGCAGUCCAGUUUCCAGAGGCAAUGUCUAUCAUAGGAGUAAAAAUCUAAGACUAAGAGCUGUCUCCUAGAUUCUCUACACCAUCGAACAUGUUCAUGUCUAAUAAUGCCUGCUCGGUGCCUACUUCUUUCUGGCUUACUGGCAUCCCAGGGCUAGAGUCCCUGCACCUCUGGCUCUCCAUCCCCUUCAGCUCUCUGUACCUGGUGGCUGUGGUGGGAAAUGUGACCAUCCUGGCAGCAGUAAAGUUGGAACGCAGCCUGCACCAGCCAAUGUACUUCUUCCUGUGCAUGUUGGCUGUCAUUGACUUGGUCCUGUCAACCUCUACUAUGCCCAAAAUGCUAGCCAUCUUCUGGUUCGGUGCCCACAACAUUGACCUGGACGCUUGCUUGGCCCAGAUGUUCUUUAUCCACUGCUUUGCUACCGUAGAAUUCCUUGCCAUGGCUUUUGAUCGCUACGUGGCCAUCUGUGACCCACUACACCACACCUCGGUGCUCACCCAUGCAAUGGUGGGACAUCUGGGCCUGGCCGCCCUCCUCCGUGGAGUACUUUACAUUGGACCUCUGCCCCUGAUGAUUCGCCUGAGGCUUCCCCUUUACCGGACCCAAAUCAUUGCCCACUCCUACUGUGAGCACAUGGCCCUGGUCACCUUGGCAUACGGUGACACAGCAGUUAACAACUUAUAUGGAAUGGGAAUCGGCUUUCUGGUUUUGAUCCUGGAUUCACUAGCCAUUACUGCCUCCUAUGUGAUGAUUUUUAGGGCUGUAAUGGGGUUGGCCACCCCUGAGACGAGGCUUAAAACCCCGGGGACAUGCAGCUCUCAUAUUUGUGCUAUCCUUGUCUUCUACAUCCCCAUUGCUGUUUCGUCUCUCACUCACCGAUUUGGCCAUCGUGUGCCUCCCCAUAUCCAUAUCCUUUUGGCCAACUUUUACCUCCUCUUCCCACCUAUCCUCAACCCAGUUGUCUAUGCUGUCCGCACCAAACAAAUUCGAGAGAGACUUCUCCACGUUCUUAAGGCAAGAGCUCAAUCCAAGUGA